AUGGAACAAGAUCCAGGAUUCAUCGCCGCAAUCGAAGAGGCCAAGCAAGGUCUGGCCGAGGGAGGCGUCCCAAUCGGCGCCGCUCUAGUAUCCAAAGACGGCAAGAUCCUAGGCCGAGGUCACAACAUGCGCGUGCAGAAGGGGAGCGCCGUCUUGCAUGCCGAGAUGUCCGCGCUUGAAAACUCCGGCCGGCUUCCUGCUUCCGCUUACGAGGGUGCUACUAUGUAUACCACUCUCUCACCUUGUGAUAUGUGUACUGGUGCUUGUAUUCUCUACAAGGUGAAGCGAGUUGUGGUGGGUGAGAAUGUGAGCUUUAUGGGUGGUGAGGAGUUGCUCAAGAACCGCGGGAAGGAGGUCAUUGUGCUUGAUAAUGCUGAGUGCAAGGAAUUGAUGGCCAAUUUUAUGAAGGAGAAGCCGGAGCUAUGGUAUGUUUUUGUUUUUGUUUUUGUUUUUGGAUGUUGUGAUGCGCGUGGCUGCAUUGGAUUUCUUGUCUUGUUCAUGGUCAUUGAUACUGAUGCUGGUUGCGGUACAGGAAUGAGGAUAUCGCUGUCUAGUUUCAUUAGGCUUGCUUAUGUAGCCUUAAAUACCCUGAGAAUUGACAACGAUUCGAAUCGUGAGAUGGGAGUGCUUUUUGUUUCCAUGUAG